AUGAAUGACCUUUACAUCCUGAUUCCUGACACGUCUCAUACGCGCGCUGCUGAGCAUCCCCCACGCGAUAUAUGUACUCCCGCGCUUUCGGACGACACUGGCAGCUCCUCUUCACGCGAAAGCUCUCGACCCGCUACACCCACUUCUGGAGUCAGUCGUGCACCAUCUAUCUCUUUUGAUGACUAUUAUAAGCAUACACACGCUGGCGAAGGCACGGACACCAGGAUUGUUGAAGCAGACGCGGACUCCUCGCCACCAGAAGACAUCACUCGUCCGCUGAAACGGAGGCGGUUGGCGGACACAAGGGCUGAUGAAGUCCGCGCAGAGAGCGCGCUGCCGCCUGAUGUUUGGAGCGAUGCAACCAUGGUUGAUGACGGCGCGUUCUUCGGUCUUGGCCAUACACCCAUCAGCGACUGCACGAGUGUCGGGGACGUCGAGCCCGAUGCAGUGGACCCGUCAUUAGAAUACGCCUCCCGUCCAUUGAAACGGAAGCGAAGCGCGGACACAAGCACCUAUGACGUUUGCGCAAAGAGGGCGCGGACGUCUGGCACUUCGAACGACGCAACCAAGGCCGAGGACCGCGCUUGUAUCGGUCUUGGGCAUAUACCCAUCCACGACUGGGUCGUCGAACCUGACGCGGAUCCCCCGGUCGCCCCCGGUAUUGACACACACGUACCACUUGAAACUAUCGCUCGCCCGCCGAAGCGCAGACGAUGUGCAGACACGACGGCCGACGAAGUCUGUGUUAAAAGAAGGCGAUUGUCUGACAGUCCGAGCGACGCGUCGAAGCUCAAAGACGGGAUUCCUUUUGGACCUCACCCCAGAUGCAUGAUUACGAGCUGCGUGUCUGCUGAGGUGGAGGCGUGCUAUAUCCUGCCUCCUGACACGCCGUUGGACGACUGCACGAUGCUCUGCAUGCCUACUGAGUCUAAUUCCGUCUGUUGUAGCACGCCUGCAAACAUCAUAUUCCUUCGACGUGACCUCCGCAUACUAUGGGAAACAAGCCGCCUAUUGAUGAUACCCCAUCCCGAUCAUAUAGACCACCCCGAUACCCGCCCUGUAUGUAUCGUCCACAAAUACUACGUCGUUGUAGAAGAUGACCACCCUUCAAGCUCGUGCAUCCCCAAGGAUUAUACCACUUUGUCUCUAGUUACGACCGCUGCUUGCUCGUAUCGCUCACUGGGAUGGCACGAGCUGAGUGCUAAUCUGCAUCUGAUGACAAUUCGAGUGGGUCGUGAAUUCAUCAAGCGACCGCUCCACUACGAACAUUUGUUACCUAUAGACGCUCUUAUGCAUAUACCCAUCAUCACGCUCGUCCACCCGGAUGCAGUCGAGCCGGUCUCCCCCCACAUUGAUCAAAAGUUGCCAAUCGAAGACAUCCCCCGCCCGCGGAAGCGAAAACGGAACCCGGACACAGAUAUUAAUUUAGUCCCCCCUGCCAAAAGAAUGCGAAUGUCGGUCCCUACAACUGAGACGUCCAAGGUCGAGGAUGGCGUUUUUUUCGGACCCCACCCGCGGUGCAUGAUCACCGGCUGCGUGUCUGCCGAUGUAGAGGGGUGCUAUAUCUGGCCUCUAGACAUGCCUCAGCGAUUGGUUUAUAAGUAUUGCGUCAUCGCAGAGGACGAGCACCCUCCAGACUCAUGUGCUACCAUGGGUAACCCGAUCACACCUUCUGUCAUGACGGCCCCAUGCUCAUAUCGAUCGCUCGGGUGGCAUGAGUUUAAUGCAAAUAUCGGUCGCAUGGUAUUUCGGGCGGGACAGAAAUUGAGCAAGCGACCGUUCCACUACCAGCAUAUCUUGCGCGAGCUGCUCCCCCACAAGGAGGUCAAUCAUACACACAGCAUAGUCUCCCGGUAUAAGUUGUGGACGGCCCCCCUGCAUCGCGAGGCAGUACACGGCAGGCGGUUGUGGGCGACAGACGAGCUCACACCCUUCCCUGAUGGUUAUUUCCGCUGCUCCUUGAACGAAUAUUGCCCUCCCCUGUCGGAUGACGACGUAUUCCGCUUUGCUCGCCCAUUUCGGCCAAUUGUGUCAGGGAUAAAGAGGAAACGAUCUGGCGACACCAGGGCAGACAUUGAGGUCAAUACCACGCAGGAAGAUUCUCACUGCGAGGUUAGCGUCCGUAAGUGGCGCUGGGAUUGCGAUCAGGCUCGAGACGAGUGGACGAUGGGACCGCCUGCGGAACCUGAGGAUGCAGAGUUGCUCGCUUAUCGACAGGAGGAAGCCGGCGAUGUGCUGCCUGCUGCGCAAAAACCUUGGUUGGUGGAAAAUUAUUUUGCAAAUCGGGCUAUCGGCUGCAUCUCAGAGUUUUCUUCCGGCAUCCGCGGUAACUAUACGCGUGGUCCUUGCGAGACGCAAAAUAGCGUCUAUAAGCAGUCGCAUGAUGACAUCCCCCGAACGUGUGAGACAAUAUACCCGCCCUACGUAGACCAGCCCUUGGGCGUCGGCUCUCUGUAUAGGAAUCUGUCUAUCUUCAGCGAAUAG